ACUUGUAACUUUUCUGUGUUUACGUUUUAUAUGUAAAUAUAUAAGAUGGCAGCUCAUAUGGAUCGUAUUAAAUUGCUUGUGUUGGGAGAUUCUGGUGUUGGUAAGUCUACAUUUGUCAACAGCCUUGUUUCACAAAGCCCUUGUUAUAACUGUUCUUCAACAAUUGGUGCAAGCAUUGAAGUAUUACCUUACACAUAUUCUGGACAGCAUGGACAUUCACGUGAUGUAUUUCUUGAAUUCUGGGAUGUUGGAGGUUCAUCCGGAAACAAGCAUAGUCGUGGUAUUUUUUAUUCAAAUAUUAAUGGUUUGAUUCUUGUUCAUGAUCUCUCAAAUCGUAAAUCAUUUACAAAUCUUCAAUUUUGGUUAAAGGAAGUUUUGAAUGCUGGAAGGCAGGAAAUGACUGGUGUAAGCAUAAGUGGAACUAAAGAAAGAAAUUCAAAUUAUUUUGAAGAAAAUAUAACACGCUUUCCUAUAUUGGUACUUGGAUUAAAAGAGGGUCAAACAUUGCAAGAUCAAAGUUAUAAAACUACUUGUCAUAUUGGAUUAACAGAUGAUGCAGAAGUAUUUUUUGUAGACAUGAACUGUUUUCAAGAAAGCCAACUACUUACAACAAGCAAUAAAUGGAAUGCUCUCAGUAGCUAUUUUGAAAAAGUAAUAGAGAACAGAUUCUAUCCAAGUGGAAGAAACUUUACUCAGGAAAAUGAAUAUUGGCGUGGCAGAAAAAAAGUAUUCUGAUGGUUAAAAACUUUUUCAUAAGACAAGUAUUAUCAAAUGAGCAAAUUGACAAGUUUGUUUCAAAAUUCAUUAA